CUGAAAAUUAGAUAGAAUGCAGCUUUAAUGAGCUUCAGCAUUGGCUUCACUUUUUAGCCCCCCAAAGGGUCAUUCAUUAGUUUUACAGUCUAUGUUCUCAAGAAAAAGAGAGCAAGUGUUCUGGUCUUUUCUCCAGUAACAUUCGUAUCCUAUUUCUUUUGUUGUCUGUCCCUCCAGAGCUCCCACAGCAACAUGUCUGCAAGGAGGAGGAGGUUCUCUCUGACCAGCAGCUCAACAUGCCAGUUAUAACCUCUGUGGAAUCAGAAGCAAACCGUGACCACCAGCUCCUCUCUCACAACUCUCAUGGAGCUGAGAGCCAAGAUCAGAAAGGAGGCCAGCAUGGAGACUCAGGAUCAACUAGAAAUGCAGAGCCAGAACCAAAGAAGAGACGACGCAAGAGCAGAAGUCACUGUAACAACGUAGACAACACUAACAUGUCAGAGACAGACGUCCAGAAGCUGUCGGUGGUUAAAGCAGAGGUUCCCCCUGAGCAGCAGGGGUGGAGCUCCAGUCUGGACCAGGAGGACCCAGACCCCCCACACAUUAAAGAGGAACAGCAGCAACUCUGGACCAGUCAGGAGGGAGAGCAGCUUCAAGGGCUGGAGGAGGCUGAUAUCAAGUUCCCAUUCACUACUGUCCCUGUGAAUAGUGAAGAAGAUGAUGAAGAGAAAGCUCAGUCCUCACAGCUUCAUGAAAGCCAAACUGAGGAGAACAGAGAAGCAGAGAGAACAGGAGCUGAUGGAGAGGACUGUGGAGGACAAGAACCAGCCAGGAACUCAGAUCCAGAUAGUCCUUUACAACCAGCUACUCAUGACAAGACUUCAGACUCCCCUGAAUCUGAUGAUAGUGCAGACUGGGAGGAGACUAGGGAACCUCAGACAGGUUUAAACCUUCUGCCAAACAAUGAAGAACCUGUAAGUGAUGUUGGAUGUAACACUGGAAACACAUCAGUUAGCUCCUCUGAAUGUAAAGGAAGCUUUGGCCGCAAAAAACAUCUGCAGAAACCCUCUGGAGUCCAAACACGAGAGAAACCAUUUAGUUGCUCAGUUUGUGGUAAAAGAUACCUUCGGAAGAAAACCUUAAUGACUCACAUGAAACUUUAUUCAAAAGAAAAAUGUUCCACCUGCUCAGUUUGCAAAGCAAGUUUCUGUCAGCCUGGCAAUUUGGCUGUACACAUGAGAAUCCACACGGGAGAAAAACCAUUUAGUUGUUCAGUUUGUGAUCAAAAAUUUGCACAAAAGAAAACUCUGAGACAACAUUUGACUGUCCACACGGGGGAGAAACCAUUUAGUUGCUCAGUUUGUAGUAAAAGUUUUGCACAAAAGCAAAAUCUGAGACAACAUUUGACUGUCCACACAGGUGAGAAACCAUUUAGUUGCUCAGUUUGUUGUAAAAGGUUUACACAAAAGCAAACUCUGAAACAACACUUGAUCAUCCACACAAGUGCUGAAUCUGAGAUCCCUUAAAUUGCAUUUUCAUUCCCUUUUGUUCCUUCCUGCCUUAGU